UGUUGUGAUAAACUUAUUAAAUAGAUGUCAUGCUAAAGCUUAGGUAUUGAAAACAAUAUCUAUGCCAUGCCUGUUGCAGUAUCUGGUCAUAAAUUGUCAACAGCCGUUAAGGUCGGUUUGAAAUCCGGUACAUCGGCUGGUGAGUCGUCAGAUACCACCAAGACUGAGGUUGACUUGGAGAAUCUUUUGACCACAGCUGACUUGGAAGAAAUCUACGCUGCUCUUCAGGCCGAGGGCAAUGGGUACGACAACCGGCUUAGUCUGGACAGAAGCCAACUGAAGGAGUUCCUCACAAUCGUCAUCCGGAAGGGAAGCGAAGAACAGUUCAAUGAGUUCUUCGACAAAGUAGAUGCUACCAAAUUGGGAAAAAUAGACUGGUAUCGGAUAGCGGACCACAUCUUCUCGGAAUUCGAGGGGAAGGAUGACAAGAACAAGCAGACCACUGUCCCCAACUGGAGACCCAAGAGGGAACUGCAGCAGAAUCCCCACCGAGACGUGAUCCAGAAGUUGAUCUGGUGGGACAAGUUGAAGAAGUACAUCUCAGUGUCUAAGGAGGGCGUGGUGGCUCUGUGGAACGAACACAACUGCGAACUCAGCCACGCCAAGAAGUUGAUUCCGGAUAAUAUCAAGCAGAGGGAUCUUUGGGUGACAGACUGUGUGUUGAUGAGUGGACUGGGAAAACUGGCCAUGUCCAACACCUGCAAGGAGAUAUGCAUCUAUGAUUUGAACACUAAGAUGGAGUUUCCCUGCGUAUACAGAAUCCACAACCUCAGAAACACACCAUACAGUCUGCACUUCUGGCAGAGCUCCGCCAAUCCUAAUGUCUCCAUCUUGUCCCUGGGCGACACCAAGGGGAGGAUCUUCUGCCUGAACUUCGAGCAGUCUACCGUCACCCUCUUCGACAGACCCCCCAAGCCAGCCGGAGAAGAGAAGGAAUCCACUCUGCAAGUGGACUUCCAGGAACUGGAGAUGGCGGAUCCUCCCUUUGAGAAGGAGAAGGAGAACAGGAUCUGCUGGCUCUCCUGGCACCAGUGGCACCAGCCGGAACACUGCAAGAGAUACCUCCAAGAAGAGGCCAGGCGAAUCAACAUGCGCAACAGCACAAACAAUGUAAACAACAACAGCAGCAACUUCGGAGUAAUGACCAAAACUGACGUUGGGUCCGACAAGAAGGACCAAGUGGUGCCUAUUAGGAAGGUAGCCAUAGCAACUGCAUCUGGCAUCAAGCCAGGUGGUCGAGCUGAUUCGGCCAAGAAGCAGAGCCGGAGUCCCCAGCCACAGCCAGGUGGCACAGAACGACAGAUGACAGAGAUGACAAAUGCGACUCAAGUGAUGGAGGAGCAGAUGAAGAAGGCUAUCGUGGAGUUGGACAUCUGGGCUAGACAGGUGGAGUACAUUGCACAUCUGGACUGUGUCAUAUCAUGUACCACCACCACAGAGAGCUCUCUAGUGCUGGCUUGGAGAAAACCAGGGGUCAUGAAGUACCUUCCUCCCCUGAAACUGACUGGAGGUGUACAUGCGUUCGACUUCAAUGAAGAAACCAAUUUGAUCGGCAUUGCGUGUGCGGAUCGAAACGUGUACCUGUACAAUCCGUUUGUCAUGUCAAAACCGGCAGGGGUGUUGCGUGGCCACAUGGCAGCAGUGAUUGCGGUGCAGUUCAACAAGAGGAGAAACCACAUUCUCUCAUUCUCCAAAGAUAGGGUGUUGCGUGUGUGGGAUGUGGUCCAACAGAUCUCCCUGCAGAGAAUAGCCGGUCUCCUCUCCACUUGUACCAUAGACAUCACUGCGCGCCUGUUCUUCCAUUCAGACAAGAGUCGACUGAUGAUAGCGAUAGACUCCAGUCUGAUUGUGAUGCAGCUGAAGCCAGAGGUGAAGAAUGCCGUCACCAGUCACGAGAACCCAGUCACUGCCGCCAAAUUCCUCGACCAGAAUCAGAUUAUAAGUUCGGACAAUGGUGGCAACGUAUACCUCUGGCGAAUAGACUCCGGAAAGAGAUCUAAGAAGUUUACCUCUCUGCACAAUGGCAUGGACAUCAGCUGCAUGGCUCUGAGAGAUGACAGGACUCGCUUCUUCACCGGAUCGUCCGACGGAACCGUCAAGGAAUGGGACGUUGCCGGCAACAUCCGCCGCACAUUCCUCGUGGACGUCGAAUCAAACAACAGCGGCGACACCUCUCGUCCAGUGGCUGCUCUGGGUGCUGCCUCUGUAGACCGACUGGUAUCUGGCACCAGUAAAGCCCAAAUGAAAGAGGCUGCAAAGCAAAGCCGCUUCUCGUCUGUGACUAAGCGGAACGUUGUUCACGCGUCUUCCAACAAGAGGGGUCGACCAGCUGAGGUGCUGAAUGUGAUUUUGCUGAAGAGAGAGAUUCUUGCUGUUGGAUGGGAAAGGUCCGUGUGCAUGUUCCGCCCCGGGGAGGUGGAGGAUGGGGCCACUGGGACCAAAGUUGAGUGGAAGGGGGAAGCAGUGCACUCGGAAGACAUAGUCACUGCCGCAUUCGCAUCACCCAUUACACUCGCAACAGGAAGUCUGGACGGAGAGAUAGUGGUCUGGAACAUGAACAGCCAGAGUCCCUCCAAGUUUCUGAGGGAGAGGAAAAGAGUGCCCACUAAUGUACUGCAGCAGGGCCACACUCAUGGAACAGAUAGCCCAGCAGUGAGCAGUAGUCGGCGUGAUUCAAUCAUGUCCAACCAAGAAGCAGCAGGAGAAGGAAGGGAGAGCCGAAGUCUUCCCUCUAAAGCCGCCCACGAGGAGGAGCGCGAGGAGUUUGCAGUGUCCACGCUGACCUUCAUAGAGAGUAGGAUGGGCAGUAAGAGACUGUUGGCCAGUGGGGUGGCCAAUCUCAUCAGCUGUGGCGCUGGGGGCUGGGUAAGAUUCUGGAGCACAGUCACCGGCAAGCUAUGUGCCGAAUUCUGUGCACAUCCCGAGGUGACGAGCAUCACCAUGCGUUUGGACGACGAGGACAACAGCCGGCUGGUGACUGCGGAUACAGAUGGCUACUUGAAAGUAUGGGACAUCGAGCAUUAUGCAAUGAACACGGAAGAGUACUUCUUGGACGAAGCACCAGUGUGUGUUGACGAAUGGCAAGCUCACGAAGAUGCCAUUUCUACUGUGGACAUGAUGAAGUACUUAAGUGAAGAACUAUGGCUCAUUCUCUCAUGCAGUGUGGACCUCACCAUCAAUCUAUGGACAAUUGAUGGGACACACAUCGGAGUAUUCGGACAGGACAAUGCAUGGAAGAUCCGGAAAAUGUCGCCUCUUGAUAAUAUGGAAGACGAUAAAGAGGAAAUAAAUGAGAAUCGUUCCGAGUCACGUAAGACUUCGGAUAACCUGGAAACUCAAUCUCUGACCUUGUCUCAAUUGUCCGAUAGUCAGAUUGUGGAAUUACUGAAGAAGUACGUUAAAAUAGUAGACGAGGAUCUAAUCAGGGAGAGAUUUGACGUCUGGAAGACAACUUCGUUGGGAGUGCGCUACUCGGAAGACAGGGCGGCUAAACGAGAGCGGAAGCAGCCCUCGUUCCAGCGGGACUUCCCCUACCUCUACUCCGACUCCAUGGGCAAACCCGCUUUUGGACCACACUAUUCUCUUGACACUCCUGAGUUAGAAGACACUGCACAGUCUAUGCCUGAGAAGCCGAAGAGCAUCACUGACGACUCCCUCAUGCGCAGUGCAGACGCCGCCACAGACGAUCAGCUACACCAGCAGCGACUAGACAUAUCCACUCCUCCCAAACACAAGUUCGAAGAGAGAAAUCUGUUCACACGAUCCAUGCUCCAACGAGACCACGAGAAAAAACUGAGCAAAGCUCAGGAGACCAGACGAGGAACUAUGUGGAACAUACACCAGAGAAGCGCCGCUGGGUCCAAAAUGUCCACGGCCAAAAUAUCAGUUGCAUCCCAGCAGAAAAAAGUAUCCACUGCAUCCCAGAUGGGCGCAUCUAUGGCCCCGAAGUCCAGACUAACAAGUGUGGCGUCCAAACAAUGAUGAUUGAAAACAUUGGCGCAGUUCCCUUUAGUGUGUCAGAACUUAGAUCGAUUUUUUCUUAAAUUACUAAUGUAACAUAUCUCAGAAAACUCACAUAUAAAUUAAAGUAUUUUUUGAUCACUUUUUGCUAAACCUGUAAGUUAAGUUAUUGGACACACUGGUUAUGUUGAGGUAUUUGAGCUGAAGUUACUUCGAU